CGCUCGCAAAACGUUCAGUUCAGUUAGCAUCGUGCGUUUGAAUCAGCUGGUUGCGCGGUAUCGUGGUGUGCCCUUAAAAAUUUGAAGUUUUGUUUUUUAAUUACCCAACUAAACACCACUUAAACAAGAUGACAUCAGAAUUGGAGACCACCGCGGUUAAAUCGCCCAUCCCGGACUGGCUGAAUGAGCAGUUUUUCGAGGACAUUUUCGUGGAGAAGCACGGCCUGGAGCGGGGUCAAUUCGUGGUCAAGGUCAGGGCCAUCAUUCCGACGGGGGGCGCCGGCGAGAAUUACACCUCGAUGCUGUACCGUGCCAACGUGGAUGCUGAGUGUGGCGACGGAACAACUAAAAACCUAGCCGUUAUCAUUAAGGCAAUGAUUUCGGUUCCGGCCCUGAAGGAAUUCGGAGUGUUCACGAAGGAGAAGUUUGCCUACGACACGGUUCUGCCCAAGAUGGAAGCCGAGUGGGCCAAGGCGGGAACGGAAAUUCAGUUUGGACCGCGCUGCUGGAAAACGAUCGAGGGUGAGGUGGACAUCAUCGUGCUGGAUGACCUGUGCGCUUCGGGUUACCGGGUGGCCAACCGGCAGAAGGGAGCCGAUUUUAAGCAUGCCCACUUGCUGUUGGACAAAUUGGCCAAGUAUCACGCGGCGACAGCGGUGGAUUACAGGAAGAAUGGACCAAUCAACGCACUGUUCAACAAUGGAAUGGUACAAGAAACAGCAAGAGAUUUCUUCGACAAAUUCCUCAACGCUAUAACGCCAGUAUUUUUGGAUUCUCUCAGUUCCUGGGAGGAGUGCGACAAAUUCAAACCCAAAAUGACCGGAAAUAUGAAGGACACUUUCGACAAAUUGUUUGAAGCGACCAAGAAAGAUGAUUCAGGAUUUGUUGCACUUUGCCACGGUGAUGUUUGGACGAACAAUCACAUGUUCAGCUACCACGAGUCGGGUGAUCCUAGGGAUGUCCUGCUGAUUGACUUCCAAGGCCCGUACUACGGUUCGCCAGUGCUGGAACUAUUCUACUACAUCGUUUCUUCAACAACACUGGAGCUGAAAACGAACCACUUUGACGAACUGAUCCAAUUUUACCAGAAUCAACUGGCGGAAAGCCUUCGAAAGCUGGGCUACCCAGAGCGGAUUCCCACCCUGAGGGACAUCCACAUCGAGAUGCUGAAGCGGGCUUACUUCGGAAUGCAAUGCCUGUACGGAAUCCUGCCGGUGGUGCUGGCCAACAAGAGUGAAAAUGCCAAUUUUGCCGGAUUUGUUGGGGAGGAGGAGGAAAAUGUGCAGUUUCGGCACGAUGUGUUCAACAAUCCUCUGUAUCAUCAACAUUUGAGACCACUGCUGAAGAUGUUUGAUCUGCGGGGGUAUUUGGAUCAUGAAUGAGGUGGAGUUGUUAUGUUUUACUUUGGAAUAUGGAAGAUUUUAAUAAGAGCAAAUAAAGUGCAAAAGAACCCAUUUAUAAUUUUA